CCGCCUCCGCGCUGUCCAGGUGGCCCCCGCGCGCGAUCCCCUGUCGCCCUGGGGUUCGGCCACCCGCGCGCCUCAGACCUGGUCCCCCGAGCACUGCGUUCCCCUAUGGCCCGCGACCCCUGGCGGAGGGACGAAGGGAAGGUCUCCGACCGCAGACGAUCCAUGGAGGGGGCCGGGGGUCCCCUGCGCCUCCGAGAAUGGCUGGUGGCGCAGAUCGAGAGCGGGCGCUAUGCGGGGCUGCGCUGGGAGGACGCAGGCAAGACCCUCUUCCGCAUCCCCUGGAAGCACGCAGCCAAGCAGGGUUACCAGGUGCGGCAGGACGCUGCGCUCUUCAGGGCCUGGGCCAUAUACAAGGGCAAGCACCUAGAGGGCAUUGACAAGGAGGAUCCCUCUACUUGGAAGACACGGCUUCGCUGUGCCCUCAACAAGAGUGCUGACUUCUGUGAAGUACGUGAGCGCAGCCAGCUGGACAUCUCCAACCCCUACAAGGUCUACCGGCUCCUGUCUGAUGGUGCCCACGACCCAGUUACCAGGGCUUGUGCCCCCGGUAAAGAGGAGGGCAUUCUUCAGAGCCAGCAGAAGCCCCCUGGAAGAGUGACAGAGCCAGCCUGCAGGACAGAAGAGCAGGAUGUAUCCGGAUUAGUCACAGAGGAUAAAGACAAGGAGCAGCCCUCCAGGCUAGCCCAGCAGGACUCCCUGCUCCCAAGCCCUUUGGCUGACCACAGCUACCAGGCACAGAAUCCCGCUCACCCCUGGGGCCCUUUGCGCUCUGAGAAUUUCAGCAACCCUGAUUGCUGGCUGCACGUGCGACUCUUCUACCGCGCGGAGCUGGUGCGCGAAGCCACAGCGCUGGCGGCCGAGGGCUGCCGCCUGAGCCCGCGCGCGGCCGCCGCGGCCGCCGAGCGACUGCUGGGGCCGCCGCCCAGGGUGGCGCAGGUUCGUUUCCCGGAGCCGCCGGCUGGCGCCCACGUGCUGCGGCGCCUGCUGCCGCACCUGGAGCACGGCGUGCUGCUGUGGGUGGCACCCGAGGGCGUCUUCGCCAAGCGCCUGUGCCAGGGCCGCGUGUACUGGCGCGGCCCGCUUGCCCCGCACCGCGCGCGGCCCAACAAGCUGGAGCGCGAGCGCACCUGUCAGCUGCUCGACACGCGCCGCUUCCUCGCGGAACUGCGAGCCCAUCUGCAGGAUGGUUGCCCAGAGCCCGAGUACCAGAUCCGGCUGUGCUUUGGCGAGGAGUACCCGGGGCCCCCGGACCAGCCCGAGGAGCGGCUCAUUAUGGCUCAUGUGGAGCCAGUCUUCGCCAGGGAGCUCCUCCUGCACUCGAAGAUCCACGGCCAGAUGCCCAGGUGGCAGGUUCCCAGCAUAGCAUCCCCGGCAGCAUCACUCACCUGCUGACACAGCUGAGUCAGCCCUAAGCGGCAUCUUCCUCUUACCAUACCCACUAAAGCAACUCCCCACAGGGUAUAGAUCCCACCCUAGUCCUGCCCCAACUGAGCCAGGGGAUUUAAGAUAGGUUGGGACAGUGGAAGCCAGUCAUGGCCUUCAACCACUCAGCCACCAAGCUGGAGCCUGGGAACCAGGUGCAGAGAUAGACAGCUGGACCUGAGGCAUCAGGCUUGAAAAUCAAACUCAACCUUGAGGCUCCAGAAAUAACAAUUAGGACAGAAACAAGGCUUCAUCUUUUUGUUAAGAGUUGGACAUGCUUACACUGGUUUACCUAAAGCAGACUCUAAUUGCAGUUGAUCCGUUAUAAAAUUUGCUUAAAGCUGAGUUUACUGGGAGUUCCCUGGUGCUCCAGUGGUUAGGACUCUGCACUUCCACUGCUGGGGGCCCAGGUUGGAGGGAUCCCUUGUCAGGGAACUAAGAUCCUGCAAGCCCCACAGCCUGGCCAAAAACAAAAAAAGGAGGGGGGUGGCUGAGUUUACUAAUAAUUAGACACUCGGCAUGGUUUAGACUGAAGCCCAACCAGUAACAGAACUGUCCCACUUCUGAGGGGUUUGAGUUUCCAGACCCUCCUUCCACCUGCCACAAUCUCUCUUCUUUGGAGGCGGUGAGAAGUAGUGGGGGUCUGGGCUCCCAAAACAGAGGAUUUGACCUGAACCUGGGGCUUUGAAUGCUAACCACUGAACCACCACCUGUAGAUACUGUCUUUGGAGAAACUGAGGCAGGCCUAGGAUAAGAACCUAAGUGGGAGCCAGGAGUCCAUCCCAUCCCCAAGCCCCACCAAUUUUUUGCAAAAUGUGAGUUAUAGGGAGUCCAUGAGAAUUGGAGGGAACCCCCUCCACCAUGAAGGCAGUGACCCUGCCUUGUCAGUAAAGACCAGAUAUCAGACCUAUUACCUCUUCUGAUUUCUGACUAUUUAUAGGAGUUCUCUUUCAGAUGGCAAUGUAAUAAAUCUUUCAGUGAUACACAAAUAAGCCACUUUUACAGAGGAGAAACUGUAUGACUCCACAAAGGAUAGAAGUCAGUCAAAUCACUAUUUUUAAAAUUGAUUUAAUAAAUGUUUAUUGAGCACCUACUCUGUUUCAGGCAAAUGCUGGACACUGGGGAUAGAGCAAACCAUGGUCCCUAUUCUCUUACGGGUCACAAACCUGUUUUCCAGUGGUGUCCUGGUAACUGUCCUCUAACCCCUGCCCCUGACAGAAGGAGUGGUAUUAAGGAGUUCCAUCCUUCUGAGUUGAAAUCACAGCUUUGGUCUCUUACUAGCUGUGCCACCUCAGGCAAGUCACUUAACUUCUCUGAGCCUCAGGCUCCUCAUCUACUCAGAAGAACCUCUCAGGGCCUCUGGAGCAGAGCUGGUCUGAGAAGUAACUGUCGAGAGGGGAGGGGAGCUGGCCUGGCAUGCCAGUGACUCACAGGAAGUGCCGGCUGAUUUGGUUGCUUGGAGCUGGGAGAGCAUAGUGGCGGUUGCUUUACCUUCAGAAGCCUUGACUGUCCUGGGCUUUGCUGUACCCCCCAAGCCUAAGGCUGCAGCUAUCGGAGAAACUCAGCUCAAGGUGACAGCCCUCAUCAUGCCCAAACCCUUACUCAGUGCCAGGCUCUAAAAGGGCACUGGAUUCCAUGUAAGCUUUACCACAGCCUGGACAACUGCAGAGUCAGCAGCUCCAUUUUAGAGAUGGGAAACUGAGGCUCAGCCAGAGAAUUGGUUGAGAGCCUCUUGGAAGGGGGAUGUCUCUGGCCUGAGGUCUGUCCUCCCCAUACUAGUCACUAGAGGGCGCCAGCGCCCAGCAAGCCGGGUUUGGGCUGGCUCUCAUAAGCACCCUAGGUGCCCCACCUCUUGCAGACCCCAGUGCUAGGAGGGCAGGGAACAGUGUGACCCCGAGUGCUCUGCGCUGCGGGGAGGAGAAAGAGAAUCACGGGCCUGGGAGGAGGAGGAGAGGAGAAAGAGGAAACCAGAGGUGGGGAUUCAAGAGGCCCCUGAGGCUCUUCUCACAAAGCUCCCUGAGCUUGAGCUCAGAUUCUACCUCUCCUCUCUCAUGAGAGUGUGUGUGUGUGUGUGUGUGUGUGUGUGUGUGUGUGUGUGUGUCUCCCUGUCUUUGUGGAUUUCUUUCUUUCUGUCGUUCAGUGAUUCUUUUUCUGUACUCUGUGCACGUGCGCAAGUGCAUGGGGCUGGCUCUGUGUCUCCCCUUUUUCUGCCUAAUUGCUGUCUCUUGUCUCUGCCUGUCUCCUCUGUGUGUUCCUGUCGCCCUCUCAUUAUGUCCCCACCUCUCUUUGUCUCUGUCCUGUCUUUCUUCAUUCUCUCUCUGUAUCUCUGCCUUGAUCUCUUUUUGUUUCUGUCGCUGUCUCGCCCAGUUUCACAUCCCGUCCGUCCUCAGCCACCGCCACCAGCCAGCACACGUGGGCUGAGGGUCUCAGGCCCUUCCCUCCCGUGUCUCCUCACCCUGGGCAGCUGCUCACAGCUUCCCAAUCCUGGCCUCUCCUGCCCGCCCCUCUUGGGCCUGGGGGAAGGGGGGCGAGGGAGGAAGGGAGGGCAGCCUGGCGGGCCCACCCCUUUUUGCCUUUCCAGGCUGGGAGGCUGGGCCAGUGGGUCUUUUAACCAGCCUGGGCAGGCUGUGCCGGACACCAGCCCUGGACAUCGUGC